AUGAUUAUUCGUUGGAAACUGGUGUUUGGAUUUUUACUUGUAUUCCUACUUCACUGGCUAGUAGAUGCUAAGAAAGAUUCCAGAUCAGACCUAACCUCAAAAUGCCCAAUGUUAACAGAGUGUCCCUUAAGAGCUGAAAACUGUACUGACGAUGACGACUGUUCUGUGGAUGCUGUUUGUUGCAAGAGUCCCUGCGGGAAAGUAUGCACCAAACAAUUGUUUACAGGCUGUCAGACACUUAGAAUGGCUGCGUCUAGAAGAGCGAAGUCUUUAGGCAUAGAAACCAAAUCAGUACGUAUGCCCAGAUGUAACAAGAUUGGAGGGUUUGAGCCCAUUCAAUGUGAUAAUGAAAUAGUCAGUUCAUGUUGGUGCGUAGACGAAGCUGGAUUUGAACUGGCUGGAACGAGAGCUCCUGCCGCAGCUUUGGUGAAUUGCACUGCUCCCAAACCAUGUGCUGAUCACACCUGUAGAAUGUUCUGUCCACACGGAUUUGCUUUGACACAAGACGGCUGCCCAUUGUGUAGAUGUCGAGAUCCUUGUGAUGGCAUAAACUGUCCUAACGCACUGGAAUGUCAUCUUGAAGAGCUAGCUUGUGCAGAUCCUCCAUGUCCUCCAGUCCCAACAUGUAAACGUGGACGAAGUCUUGAAAAUAUAUGUCCUGUAGGAGAUCCACUUCGCAUUAGUGACACUGUUCGUCCUUUCUUAUGUGGUACUGAUCCUGGAAAGCCACAGUGUCCGCCGUUGUAUCAGUGCUUAGUUCAAACUGGAAAUGAUUAUGGAGUGUGCUGUCCAGCUUCGCUAAAAAUACAGAAGACUGGUACCUGUCCUACAGAAAUGGACGAUAGUAGACAAUGCGGUCAACUUUGUACACACGAUUUGGAAUGUCCUUCAGUUCAAAAAUGUUGCAAUACUGAACAGUGCGGAUUUUCGUGUAUUCAUCCAAAGAACGUUACCGAAUGUCUCCAUCAACGAGCUCUCUCAGAAGUUCUAUCAGUAAGCGAACGAGCUGGUAGAGGAUAUGUUCCACAAUGUACGCAAGAUGGUCAAUUUGAAGCAAAACAGUGUAGCAGAAACGGACUAGUUUGCUGGUGCGUCGAUCGACUGGGAAGAAAACUUAAAGGAUCAAUGGGUGCGGCCAUAGAUAUAAAUUGUUCAAUUACUGAUGCACGAUACGAGGUUAUGGGAAGAAGCUUAGAUAAAAACGGCAAAGAGUGCGAACGAUUGGAAUGUGCACAAAUUUGCGAAUACGGUUUUAAACUGGACGAAGAUGGAUGCCACACGUGUAAAUGUGAUGAUCCGUGUGAUGGAUUUAUGUGUCCGGAAGAUGAGGAAUGUGUCAACGUUAAAGAAGCAUCAUGUAGCGAGUUUUUGUGUCCUUCAGUCCCAGUAUGUCGUCCAAAAGCAGUCUACGCCAAUCCUUGCGAAACGGGCACUCCACUGACAGAUGAUCUUAGAGGAGCACCAGUAGCAUGCGCACUGAGAUCAGAAAAUGGAAUUAUCUGUCCUUCUACGUAUGAGUGUACUGCUGUUGCUGGAUCUACCCAAGCUGUUUGCUGUCCAAUUGCUGAAGAAGAACUAGAGGCAGAUGCGUCUGAAGAUUAUAGUCAAAUGGAUAUGCGGCCACAAACAAUGUGUGAGUAUCUUCAUGAGUUUUCUGAGAGUAUGGAGGGUACCAGAGAAGGAAUGUCAUUGGCUCUUCCUACACCAGAGUGUGAUUCAAAUGGCAACUACAUCGCAACACAAUGUUCACGAGGAGAUUGUUGGUGUGUUGACAAUUUUGGAACGGAAAUACCCAAAACUAAAGGCAAAGAAUCUCCAAUCAAAAAUUGUACGGAGUUGAGAGAAACUAUGGAUUGUUUAGAUUUAACCUGCAGGAUGGGCUGCGAAUACGGGUUCAUCUUAGAUGAAGAUAGUGGUUGUCCUCAAUGUCAGUGCAGAGAUCCUUGCAAUGGCAUCGGUUGUAAUGAAGACGAACAAUGCCAAUUAGUAGAAGUUAGCUGCAAAGAUCAUUACUGUCCGCCUGUACCAGCAUGUUUGCCGAAAAAGGUGGGCCAAUGCCCUUAUCUAGUUCCGGCAUCGACAACUUCCUGCGAUUUCGAAUGCAAUUCGGAUAUGGCAUGUAGUGGAAAUAAAAGAUGUUGUUCGAAUGGUUGUGGAACGCAGUGUAUUGAACCUCUCCUCCUAACAGGUUGCCAGCAUCAAAAAGCCCUAGCGCAACACCAGGCUCACGAAUCAGGUAUACCAGCCGGAAAAGUCUACAUACCCGUCUGUAAGGACGACGGUAACUACCAACCAAAACAAUGUAAUCCUGGUAGUGGCGAUUGUUGGUGCGUUGAUUCUGCAGGUUUCGAAUUAUCUGAAACGCGAACCAAAUCCACUAAAAAACUAUCUUGUGACCCACCACCGGAAUCUAAAUGCCCAAUGUACAAAUGUAAAGAGAACUGUGAACAUGGCUACGAAAUUGACAAGAACGGCUGUAGAACUUGCGAGUGCAUCGAUCCAUGUUCGAAGAUAACAUGCAGAGGAGAAGGAGAGACAUGCAGGCUAGUAGCAGUAGAAUGCGUCAACUUGCCUUGUCCUCCCGUGCCAAUGUGUCUUCCCAAAAAAGAAAACCCAUGCCAAAAUGGUGAACCAUUAAAACUGGGAAGUACCGAAGAACUUGUAACUUGUGGACCUGAUUAUGAAAACUGUCCGUCGUCUCACAAAUGUCAAUUAAGCCCUGUUGGAGAAUAUGCCGUAUGUUGCCCCAAACCGAGAGAUGUGUGCUUUGAACCAUUAGAUGCAGGAGCAUGUAUUGAUGAAACCGAAGUCAGAAAUUUAACGAGAUUCUUCUUUAACUCAAAAACUAAUAAAUGUGAACAAUUUAUAUUUAAAGGAUGUCAAGGGAACCAUAAUAAUUUCCAUACAGAAAAUAUGUGCAACAUAGUUUGUCCAGUAUUAACUCAGUGCGAACGUCUCAGAGAAAAGAACCAGAAAGCUGCUGAGCAUUACAAGAAACCAACGUUCACUCCUAGGUGUGAACCCACAACUGGAGCUUGGCAAGCUGUUCAAUGCCUGGAACACGUUGGCGUUUGUUGGUGUGUCACACCACAAGGAGAGCCCUUGAAGGGUACUCUAACCAGAGGAGCAGAACCAGAGUGUAACUUUAGACAAGCAAGGCAUUGGGCGACGGAUAGGUCCGAUUUCGUUUCAGAAGCUGACUUGGUUUUGGAAGAAUUAAUGAUGCAAAUUGGAUCAUUUGACGAUGAAGACGAACCGUCAGAUAUGAAACUCGAUGACGAAAUGAUGAAAUGGGAGGUACCGUCUAAGGGUAGAUGUCAAUCUCUUGGUGGUCAAUGUGACGAUGAAGGAAAAUUCUUACCUACUCAGUGUGAAGAAGAAACAUGUUGGUGUGUUGAUGAGGCUGGAAACCAACUACCUAAUACCAGCACUUUUAUAAAAGGAGAAAGAUUGUGCGUGACUACACCCGUGGAAAAGGCAGAGGUAACGCUUGGAUUUAGAGGAGAAUUCGAUGACAUAUCAGCCAUUCCGGUUGUCAAUCAAAUAACAAAAGUUAUCAAAAGUCUUCAUGGAAACAUUAACAGCGAAGGAAUAAAAGCAUCCACCACACCUGAUGCUCUGUAUAUUAAAUUCUCACUAAUUGGUAGCAAUAAAGUUGACAUCGCAUACAAACUUGAACAAAUGAUUAUGCAACAAAGAUUACCAGGCUUGACAGCAGACAUAACAAGAUCCAGAGUAAUUCACAAACUUCUUUCGCAAGACGGAAAUAAUUCAGAUAAUCUGAUCGCAUUGGAACAACGGGAAGUUGUUGCUCAAUCGCCGGUAUCUGUUGUUGUUCCCUACCACACUGCGCUAAUUGUAACGGCAGCAGCUUCCGCGUUUGUUAUUUGUGUUUUGACUCUUUUGGUGCUCCUGUAUAGAAGAAAAAUGACCAACAGUUUGAAUCCGCAAAAAAUUCCCCCAGAAAACAGAUUUAUAACAGCUACCAACCAACCAAUAUACAUUGAGCUGCCUAACGAAAAAGGACUCUUACAAACAAAAUCCAGCAUAAGCAACACCUAA